UGGGUUGACGGUACUUCUCGACUUCUCAUCAACUCAGAUCUUGCAUGGCUGCUACACUGUAACUAUCACAACGUCUCUUGCAAUCUCCGGCAACAUCUGGCGACUUUUCGACCCGCAAUGGCCGCCCGGGACCCGACGCAACCAUCGGACCCGAAUCCACAUACGACCAAGCGGAAAUUCCACAGCGACAGUAAUGACCCAAGUCCCAAGAAGCGACGGGCGGCGACCGAUGGUCAACUCCCAAACCAAGUGCAGAAUCGGGCACAGAACCCGGCACCAACAAGCAGCAGCUACAGCCAGAUCUACAACCCCCUUCUUGCUAAGCUGAACGGCAAAUUCGAAAUCAUGACCAUGUCCGUAAUGCCCUCAACCAACAUCAGCAAGCAUGUCGACCGCGCCCUCGGACACCUCGGUCGCUUCAGUUCGUGGGACGAGAGUGUCCUCCCAGGCGUCGUACUCCUCUGCGCCAAGUCGGCCGCGUCCACCAAGCUCAUAACGAUAGCGGAAAUCAUCCGGCGGCGGAUCGGGGAGAGCGAGCAGAAGUGGUUUCAAUACAACGUGCCAAAAGAGACGGUCAUAGAAGAGGCGCCGCCGCCGCCGCCGGAGGAAUUCUCAGUCGUAGAGGACACGUUCAUGGAUGUCGAAAAGGAAGGCGGAGAAAGCGGGAACGCCGCAGAUAACGAGUACUUCGAGACGAGACUGCCGACUAUCCACGAGCAAGCGGUGCAACCGGCCAAGGUCAGGUAUAAAGCGCACGUAGCCAUCCUACUCUCUAGGUUGCCGCUGGACGAGCUGGCAUUUGAGCCCAACGUUUCGGCACAGACGAACGAGGAAAAGAUUGAGCACCUGCGGAAAAAGAGGAUGGGAUUGACUGGCUAGCGAGCCGUUCUCCCUCGGGCUCCAGCGAACCUGGAUGUGGGUUGGAAUUGCUCAGGUCGGAGCCGGAUUGCAUCGCGGAGUUUGUGCUUGCCGGGGGUCUUGCCAUACAGGAACCGGAGUCUGGGGCAUACAUCGGCGUGAUACCCAAUA